CGCCCGUUCAAGGUUUAGGUCAACUUCCAGACAACCCGGCACCUUAUUUUCCACCCGCGGGCGUUGAAAUCGAUACGCCCGCAGUGUUUUGCGGUGGUCGUCGCGCGUGUUUGUGUGUCCUGUCUCCCGGUCAGUUUGUGCAUAGUGUGCCGUGUAUCACUACUAUUUGUGCCGCGAACAAUGUUUUCGUCGUUGCGCAAUUUUGGCUCGCGGAUCGGCGAGUUCUUCGGCAAAAAGAAGAAGGACGUGGCCGAGGAAGUAAGGGAGACCGGGGACGCGGUCGAGGACGUCGUCGAGGAGAGGGCUAAGAAAACCAACGAGGCCCUCGAGAAAGCCAAGAGCGACGCGCAGAAAAUCGCACAGGAAGCAGCCGAAGAGGUGCGCAGAUCGAAAUCUAACGUCGCUCAGGACCUGACCAACGCGGCGAGACAAACCGAGGACGCUUUGAGCACAGGCGCUCAGAAUCUCGCCAAAAGCAUCGACAACAAGCUGAAGGAGACCGAAGAGGCGGCAGCGAAGAAAGCCCGCGAAGCGUCAGAAGCUGCCGAAGCUGAAAGACGAAAAUUAGCAGACGCGGCAAAGAAUCUCGCCCACAAUGUCGACAACCGAGCCAGGGACGCACAAAACGUCGCUCUAAAUUUAGCCAAGGGCGCCGACAACAAAUUUAAGGAAGCAGAGGAGGUCGCGGCCAGGAAAGCCAGGGAAGCGGCUGAGGGGGCCCAAAAUCUUGCAAGGAGCGCCGAAGAUGCCGCCGCUGCGAAAGCCAGAGAGGCAGUCGAAAGCGCUCAGAACGUAGCUAGGGGCGUGGAUAAUAAACUCAGGCAAGCGGAGGAAGCAGCUGCCGCUAAAGCCAAAGAAGCAGCCGAGGGCGCUCAAAAUUUAGCUAGGGGCGUUGACAACAAACUGAGGCAAGCGGAGGAAGCAGCUGCCGCUAAAGCUAAAGAAGCAGCUGAAAGCGUCCAAAAUUUAGCUAGGGGUGUAGACAACAAACUGAGGCAAGCGGAGGAAGCGGCUGCGGCUAGAGCCAAAGAAGUAGCUAAGGACGCGGAAAACAAGCUGUUGCAAGCGGAGGAAGUAGCCGCUGCCAAAGCUAAGGACGCAGCUGAGGGCGCACAAAAUUUAGCUAGGGGCGUUGAUAAUAAGCUGAGGCAAGCAGAGGAAGCAGCCGCCGCUAAAGCUAAAGAAGCAGUUGAGGGCGCGCAAAAUUUUGCUAGGGGUGUUGAUAACAAGCUGAGGCAAACUGAGGAAGCGGCCGCGGCCAAGGCCAAAGAAGUAGCUGAGGGCGCUCAAAGUUUAGCCAAGGGCGUAGACAACAAGCUGAGGCAAACUGAGGAAGCGGCCGCCGCUAAAGCUAAAGAAGCAGCUGAAGGUGCUCAACAUUUAGCUAGGGGCGUGGAAAAUAAGCUAAGGCAAACGGAGGAAGCAGCCGCCGCUAAAGCCAAAGAAGCAGCUGAAGGCGCGCAAAAUUUAGCUAGAGGCGUUGAUAACAAGCUGAGGCAAACUGAGGAAGUAGCCGCCGCCAAGGCCAAACAAGUAGCUGAGGGCGCUCAAAGUUUAGCCAAGGGCGUGGACAACAAGCUGAGAGAAACUGAAGCAGCGGCCGCAGCCAAGGCUAGAGAAGCUGCGGAGAGCGCCAAGAACUUGGCUAGGGCUGUCGAUGAAAAAGCUAGAGCGACGGCGCAGGAGGCCGCUAGGGCCGUAGACGCGAAGCUUCAGGGCGCAGCUGAGGCGGCGAACGAGGAGAAGCAGCAUUUGGCUCAGGGCGCGCAGAAUUUGGCUAGGAACGCGGACAAUAAGUUGAUCGAAGGUUAUCAGUCGUUUGGCAGCGCGAUGGCGCAACGGGCUCAGCAGCUGAACGCGGGGCUGCACGACGCCGAGAUUGGUCUCGACAAUAGGCUGCGGGAGGCGGGGCAAACCAUCAGUCACGGUUUGGACGAGAGCAACAAGAGGGCGCACGCCGGAUUGGACGACGUGACAAGCGCGGCGACGAACAUAUUCGGCAAGGGGCUGAUAACGAAAGAGUGAGUCGACCGAAAAGCGCUAAACAGACCAGUCAUCUGUGGUGAUAACGUCAAUUUGAUUUGUUGUAGUUGAUUUGUUUUUCGCCAGGGGCGGUGACCCACACGAAAUGUUUUUCUGAGCGUUUUAUUUUUUUAUAUGUAUAAGUAGGUAAGGAAGCAUACAUUUCGGUCAAUUAUCGUGCCUACGCAGAAAGAAAACAAAGCUACUUGAUAUUUUAUAUAUAAACUUUAAUAUUCUUACUUUUCGUUGUUGUUAGUUUUUGUAAAAUGCUAUGGGCCUUAAAUGUGUACCGUGACUAUGAAUAUUAUGUAAUAUAUGAACACUAACUUUUG